CGGCGGGAAGCGCCGGCUCCAUGGUGAUGGAGCUCUUCGCCUGGGGUGCAAACAGCUAUGGGCAACUUGGUCUUGGUCAUAAAGAGGAUGUGCUGGUACCUCAGGCACUGAAAGAUGUUUCCUGCAAAUGUCAAGACAUUGCAAGCAUUGCUGGAGGAGGGGGACAUUCUGCAGUUAUCACUGGUGGAGGACAACUCUUUGUAUGUGGCCAUAACAAAGAUGGGCAGUUGGGAUUGAAUCACACAGAGGAUGUGCUGCGCUUUACCUUGUGCACUGCCCUGUCUGGCUUUUGUGUAAAACAAGUUGCAUGUGGCUGGGAUUUUACAAUCAUAUUAGUAGGAUCGGGCCUAGUUCUGUCCUGUGGGUCAAACUCUUUUGGACAAUUAGGAGUUCCUCAAAUUUCAGGUCCAUGCUUGAUUCCACAAAAGAUUGAGUCCCUCAAAGAGAAGGUGGUGAAUGUUGCUGCAGGACUGAGACAUGCCCUUGCUGCUACAGACAGUGGUCUGGUUCUUCAGUGGGGAACUGGUAUGGCAACUCGGGCAAAGCGUGCAAGCCAAGGAAAAACUCUCCCCCUGUUCUUGACAGCAAAGGAACCCUGUGAAGUGACAGGCCUGGAAGAUGUAAAGGUGAAGACAGUUGCUGCAAACUCCUGUCAUUCAGUGUCCCUCACAGAUGAAGGACACCUGUACGUCUGGGGCAGCAACAAACAUGGACAGUUAGUGAGCAAAGAGAUCUUUCUUGCUGAGCCCAAGAAGAUUGAGACUCAGUUUUUCUCACAUGAAAAGAUUGCAGCAGUUUGGAGUGGCUGGACCCACUUGGUGGCACAAACAGAAACUGGCAAGGUAUUCACCUGGGGCAGAGCGGACUAUGGGCAACUUGGAAGGCAUUCAGUGGUUCCCGACGGGCAGGAGUUGUGCACAGCAUCUGAACAAUGCUUGGAGCUGUUGUGUAACAUCCCUGUUUCAGUGCCUUGCCUAAAUGGAGCAUCUCAGAUUGCAUGUGGGUCAGAGCAUAAUCUGGCAGUAGUUGGUGGCCAAUGCUUCUCCUGGGGAUGGAACGAACAUGGGAUGUGUGGUGAUGGCACAGAAGCAAAUAUUUGUGUCCCGAAGCAAGUCAAAGCUCUCAAUUAUGCAAAAUUAAUUGGAUGUGGGGCAGGACACUCCAUGGCUCUUUCAAACUCCACAUUAGACUUAGCACACCUGGAAUCAUAACAUCAUGGAUGUGUGCGGACAUCUUUGGGUUGCAUAGCUCAGAAGAGCUACAAGAGAAUUGCCCAUGAUUAACACAAUAGUUGGAAAGUUGUUUUUUCUAAGUCUGAAAGGAACAACUAUGGAUAGAAAACUAUAAUACUUUAAAAAUUGUUUCAUGGGUUCUUGUCACAGGAAUUGACUUUCUUACCCACAGAUAGAAUUACAGACAUUUCGCCUCGAAGCAAAACAACUGAAGACAGAUUUAUUUCUUAUUCUUCUGAGAAGUCUUUGGGAAAGAAACUAACUUGUUUAUCACUUAUCAUUGGUGUAUAAGUUCAGUCUGAGGAAAUGGUCUGAGAAGGAGGUCUUUUGUUAUUGUAUCUUUACAUCACUAUAAGCAUAUGUUGCACCUGCCAACUUCUGCUGGAGUUGUGAGCUCCCAGCAGCUCAGAAAGUCGUUUGUAUCACAAAGAAAUACCAGUGAACAUAAAUAGAUGCAUACACACAUUUUAAACAGAAGAUUAGGAUAAAAAAAAAGGUGAUGUAAUUUAGAAGGCUGGUAAAAGGGGGAAACGAGACCCUUUUGAACUAGCUUUAUCUUGAUUAAACUGUGAAAGGAGCAGUAUUUCUGAUGUUCUGUGCCAGGCAUCAGUUUAUUAUAGAUUUACAGGGAUGCAAAUCUGUGUGAAUUAUCAUUAACUUGCAAAGCAAACCUGAAGUUUCUGAAGCUACUGCUUAGGGAAGAAAAAAUUUUAAGAGCUCUUGGAAACAAUCUAAAAAUUCUUAUCAAAGGGCAUAAGUCAGUUGUAGCUGUCGACAACGGUUUGAUCAAACAUAACUCCUGUAUUUCCAGCUGCCUUUCAGUAGGAAGACAUCAAAAUCUAACCAGAAAGAUUUUACAAGUUCUGCAGCCUAAAAGGCACACCAAAAUAAUCCUGAUGGUUUCAGGUUAGUUCUCACUUCCGUUUCACAGCCCAGCUGAGUUACUGUUCAUGGCAUGCCCACAGUACUUGUUUCAGGUGAGAGCUUGACAGAGAAUGUAGGCCUACCACUUGUUUUGGUAGGAGAAAUAAAAAAGUAUAAAAUAAAAUAUCUUCAGAUAUUAUUAGCUGCCUAUGCUGAGCAAAAUUUUGGAAGCUAUUUAUAAAACUGUUUUUUUCACUCAGAUACAUUGGAUGCUAUUAAACUGGGUGUUUACCACCCACAAUACUUACAUUUGCUGUGGUACUCAAUGUAUUUCAAGUUCUAAAUAUAGAGAGUUCUACUGUGUGGUAAAUGCACCUUUUAAUGAGACCUACUGUUGCUAAACAGUGGUUUACUUUUUAAAGCAGGCUUGCCAGGGAGGAAGCCUUUCAGAAUUAAAAAAUACUCAGAGAAAGGCUCUUGGGAAAUAGGACAGGAAGACUUUCUAAUGAUGUCUCAGCUUACACAUGAAGGGGAAGGAAUUAAGGUGAUAAUAUGGGCUGCAAGGAUUUUUUCACCCUUGGUUUUACAGCAAUUAGAGUUCAUGGCCUCAUUUUCAAAGGUAUUUUAUUUUUCCAUUUGAUGGAUGAGAAACUUGAACAGACUAUGAAGUGGAUUUUAGCUAUUAUAGAUACCAAAAGAAUUGGUAAGAAUAACCAAAUGGAUCCUCUGCAAAAAGUGUAAAAUCGAGACUUCUGUUGUAAGGUGGGUUUUUUAACCCAUGUAUUGGUUGUGGUUCUUCAUGGCAAUAUAUUGUUUGAGGCUGUGACUUCUUGUACUUUUAAUUAUCUAAGCUGGUAUUUAUUGAUUGUCCACAAUGCCAUUUUCAGAAUACCAGAGUGUCUCUACUAUAUGCACUGAACAGUUUCUCAUGCUUUUUUCGGCAGUCCUGUCUGAGGUUUCUACUUCUGUUUUUCUCCAAAACCUGUGUACCAAAUAAACAUGUUCCCUCUAAAUCAUGUCCUCUAAACAGUGCUGUUCCUUCAUUAAUCACAGCUAGUAUGUGUGCGCUACAUUGGGGUUACUGGACUGGAUGUGUUUCGACUGGGUGUGCUGUUGCUGCAGUUCAUUUCAGAGGAGUCCAACAGAUUAUGUAACAAAUAAGUGUGAGUUGGUUAUUUGAAAUGUUUUUCAAUUUUUCACACCUGUAACACGAACUCACUUUUGGAACACAAUGAAUGAUUUGGGGUGAUAAGGUGAGGAAAGAAAGAAGUACUUCGGUUUGUUCCUUGUGCUGACCCGCAUCUGAUCUUCGUCUUUGAAAGGCAAGAACUUCAUUUUCUCUCCUUUGUUGUGCCUAUGUAGAUGGAAAAUUUUGGGAAAUACUGAAUGCUCUGUUGGUCAGGACUUCUAGAUGAUGCUGUAGUAUGAAGAGUGAAUAGAAUUCUUUAUAGAAGGGACAUGGUUAAAUGUCAAAACCAUGUUGUUGCUCAUUCUUUCAGAAAUUACUGCCCUGUUUAGUAUAUCAGUAGCUUUGUUUGCAGAAUAAAGCAUUGUACAAAAUCAGUUAAGGCCUUCUCUGUAAGGAAGGGAGCACACAGUGAAAAGCUCCUGAUCAAGUGGGAAAAAAAACUUUCUUUGCUGGUGUCCAGGGCUUAUGACUGCUACCUGUUGAUGUCCUGAUGGAGAAGGUCAGUCUCUGCAAGGCAAAAUGCAGAGCCAGUGUGCUAUACCUGUGCUUCUGCGGUUCAUACAAAGUUCUUUGAGCAGCUCUUUUGUGAUAAACAAAGCAAACCUUUUGUAUAAACAUUCUGUGCUCAGGUUCAGAUGCAAAUGAACUGACAAGGUUUGUAACAUAUGUAUUUAUAAAAAGACACUGGAACAAGGUAAGCAAGUGUCUGUGCAGUUACUCUCCCCUCACUUUUUCGAAGAUGAGCAAACCCCCCAGUGAGCUGACAUUCUUGACAGAGAACAAGUUGUGAGCUUUUGACCUUCAGUCCAGAGAACUUUCAGGCUCUUGGGCUGGAGGGGGGAGAAGGAAGCUGUUGUGAGCCCUUCUGUUGUUUGAAAUCCUGGGAGUUCUGUGGCUGUUACUCAUGCAGCCUCCAUGUGCACCUGCACAAGACCCUCCUGUUCCAUUUUAAGGAAUGUCAGUAGGAUUAUGUGUCUUGUGAAACUUGGACAGAAGUUUCUGUAUCUUGGAGGAUUUUUUGGCCUACCUGAUGAUCACUGAUGUUAUUUGACUUUAUGUAGAAUGCCUGAGUGACUUGAUGCUUUUGUGCUUAGAAACCCUGUAUUUGAACUGUGUUCAUUUAAAAGAAGAAUUGAAUCCUGCUUUUCUUCUAGUUUGCCCAGUCACCACUUCUUAUAUGACACUGACUUCCCUCUUCUCUUUACAUAUUGUCAGUCCUAUUGGUGUGUAAGUAGUUCUUGCCAUCUGCAACCAUCAUAAAGGUCACUUCUGCAUGAGUGACAGGAGAUUUUGUUCGGCUACAUGUUUUGAGCACAGAGAAAUUGGGGGGGAUGGGAAGAUUUCAUUGUGCUUUAUGACAUGUUUUGAGUUAUAAGACUUAGAGAUGAAGAUGGAAAACAGAUGAAGGAGAUCAGUUUGAAUGUAUAGGAGAAAGGUGACCUGGAAAAAUAUUUAAAUAAAUGUCAAUAGAGAGCCUGACAUAGUCAGCUAAAACAUAGGGAAAAGGAGGGGGAAGACAGAGUCAAGAUACGGGUCCUGAAGACUGAGUAAUCUCACAGGUGUAGCAGCAUUCCAGCCUAUCAGUGUGGUGGGAGUGAGAUGAGAGACAAGCUAUUCUGUUUCUUGGAUGUUAUUGUUCCCCCUCUUCCACUGUUUAUUAAUAAUAAUGUGAAUUAUUGCCGUGCAGUUUUGGUGGGUUUUUUUCCUCUUUCAUAGCACAUCUUGAAAUUUCCAGUUCUCCUCAGGUGAAACAGGAACAUCUGUCCUCACCUUCCAGUCUCAGAAAUUUUUUGAUCAGGCCUGUGAUCUAGUCCAGCAUUUAAUCAAAUACUUACUAUUUUUUCUAUUCAAUUUCAUGAACUCUGGAUCUGAUUUAAACAAGACUUAAGUAAUUUUGGGACUUCCAGUUCCUUUUCUUCUGUAUUAAAAAUCAAGAUGAUGACAGAUCUUUGUCACUGAAAUUGCAAUGUCAUGUUUUCACCAAAAAGUCCCAUGUUCUCUUAUCAAAUCUUGUGCUUUUUCUUUUAGCUAGAUAUUUUCUUGAAAAGUACUCCAGAAUUUUUCAUCAGUAGUUGAGUCAUGCUUCUGCUAUUU